AUGGGUGCAGUGGGACACCUUGCUGCAUUGUGCGGUGGCAUGUGUAAUAUUCAUCAAUACAAUCAAGUUCCCCUCCCCAGCUCUGCAAGCGUUUCCCUGGCAAGGCAACACCCCCCCCAUCAACACAGCAAUGCAAGAUGCGUACAAUGA